CAUAUCGAGCUAUUUUAUUGUUAAACUAGCCCAUCAGUUGCUCUUAAUGCUAUCAUUUGACAACGUAAUCGCAUACAAAGUCAGUUAACUGUAAAAUUUUUGGGAGCACUGACGUCAACAACGUAGAACUGUCAAAAUGGCGGAGAAGAAGAAAGGAAAGAAACGCAAAGAGGAGUACCAGUCUACAGAUUCUGUGGAUAAACCAUCAAAAGAGGAAUUCGUGAUAGCUAAAUGGAUGCGAAAUAACGUACCAAUUAAAAAGACCAAAUUUCUUAAUCACAAUGUGGAAUAUUUUACAGCCAAGAGAGCAGUGGACGCUCUCAUGGAAUCAAAAUGGGCCCAGGGGGAUGAACCAUUCUUCAAAACUCGCGAAGACAUCAUUGAUUAUCUCCACUUAAUGUUAGUACAUAAAUUUUAUCAUAGAGCUCGAAAAGUACCAGUUUCGGAAUCAGAACUAAAAGGUAAAAAGAAAGAGAAAAAAAUUGAACCCGAGGAAAAAGAGAAAAUCAAAGAAAAAGAAAAGGUUACUGAUGCUGAAAGUAGCGUCGUUGAAUGGAAAGAAAAGGAACAACAGCCAGAGAAAGAAAAACGUAAGAAGAAAAUUAGAUUAGAUAUGCAUAAUGAUCAAAGAUUUGUUGACGGAAUGGAUGCAUAUGUUUGGAUUUAUGAUCCCAUACCCUUCCAUUACUGGAUAAUCGGAACUUUGUUAGUUCUUGGAGCAAUAGGAGUUUGUCUCUUCCCUUUGUGGCCACCAAGCGUUCGGCUAGGAGUGUAUUAUUUGAGUGUUGCGGCUGCUGGGUUUUUGGUAACAAUUAUUGUUUUGGCUGUGAUUCGCCUUGUAGUUUUCUGUCUGAUUUGGGUGUGCUCUAUGGGUAAACAUCAUUUGUGGAUUCUUCCAAAUUUAACUGAAGACGUUGGCUUCUUUGCUUCAUUUUGGCCAUUGUAUAAUUAUGAGUAUAAAGGAAAAGAUAAAUCCCGUUCCAAGAAAGAAAAAGUGAAGAAGAAAAAGAAAGAUAAAGAUUCGGACGCCGAACAAGAAUCUGAAGAUAAAAGUAAAUUAGGUACAGAAAUUAUCCAACAAGUGACGAAUGGUUCAGAGGAUAAGCAUAGCGAAGGUGGCAUUGGCAGCCCCGAAGGAGGAAGUCAGGUGGAGGUGUUAGGAGCUUCAGAAACGGAAAGUGAGUCAAGUCAACGAUCAAGCACGGGCAAAGAUUUUGAAAUAGUUGAUCAAGAUGAAUUGGAAAAUUAAUGUGUAAUUAGUUCGUUAGUUUGCAGUCGCACAUUUUCGGUCUGGUGUAGAUAAGAUCUGAGGUCACUUGAUUCAAUUGUUUUCGUUGUGGGUGAUUCAAGAAUUUAAAUUUUGUUUGCAAGUCAAGUGGACCUACGGAUUUUUGUUUAGUUUCCUAUUACAAGUUUAUUUUACUAUAAACUAUUCAUUUUUAUUAAGAGUUCAUAGUUUGAAAUUUAUAUGAAGUGUUUGAUUUUGCAUUUAUUUUUCCGUUACAUUGGAUGACUUGGGAUUAAAGAUCUUUGUAACUAUUUGGUGCUAAUACUUAAAUUGCCCAUUUAUUUAUUAUUUUUAUCUGAAAAUGCAUUUAGACAAUUUAUCUUACCAAGUGUUUUCAUAUAGUUAUUAUAUUGAUAUACAGAAUAAAGAUAUUGUAUAUAC